AUGACAUUGACCGCGAGCCGCAGCGCCGCAAGUAUGGUGUCGCAAGUACCCCGGCAAGAUAGGUACAUGCGUGGCAAGUACUUGUGCAUGUACUUACUCACAAGGACGAUGGCCAAUGACCGGGAGGUGCAGAUGCCGCCCCGCCCAGAUAGCCGCAUCCCUCCACGAUCUCUCAGCCGUCACUCCACAGCCUCGACCCAUCCACACCCCCUCAUAGAUGCCUUUACCGUCUCCCCACCGUCCCCCUCCGCCGUCCCCCCCUGUCCCUCCCCUCGAGAGCAAGUCGACGGCUCGCGGCGGCCGCCAUUCGUCGCGGAGGGCCGCAUCGUCGAGGAAGCGCAGCAGGUCUGCCGCGCGGCUUCGUCCAGGACCGACGGGGGGUGGGCCGCGUCGAUGGCCGAGUACCGCGACGAUGCAGGUGCCGAGACCGCAGCCCUGCCUGGGCCCUCGUUGGACUCUAGCCUCCGACGCGCACUGCAGGCGGGGGUGACCGAAGACGCUGGCGUGCCCUCGCUCCCACGGGCCAGGAGACCGGCGGUCACGCUGCAGGUGUCGCGGCGUCGGGCCAGGCACCUGUCUUGGCCUCGUGGAGCCAAGCCUCGGCUGGCGGCCGACCCAGGAACGUGGACGAGAGGAAUAAGGUACAUGCCUUCUGGCCCGGCCGACAAGGCUACGGCGCAUUUGGGCGUGGGGUGCGAGCGUGUCGAUGGCGGCCCUGCUUGCUCCCCCCCCGCCGUCCGCAUCAGGAGGCCGGUCCUGUCCCUCUUCCCGCGAACCAACGGCCGGCCGCGAGGUGGCCGGAAAAUCGAGGGAAGCCGAUCUAGGCUCACCCCUGGUCGGGCAAGCAAGGUUUCGAUGCGCCGCGCCGCGCCGGUGUCCACGGCCAAGACGGGGAAGAUUCGAUGCCUCUCAUUGGCCACGUCCGGCAGCCUCGCGAGCCGGCGACUUGGCCACCGGGCCCCCUCUCCUGCGUCGUGGCCGACCCGGCAGACCCAGGAGGGCGGUAGCUCGUCGGCCGAACGAAUGACGGCCUACACUUUGGCGUGCAAGACGUCCGUGUACGCCAUCCCGGAUGGAACCACCGCCGCUGGCGCCCCCUGA